AUGUCCGCUCCGCUCCAAGUCGCGCGACUAGUCUCGCUCGCGCUCGCCACCGCGUUCGGCAUCAUAGGCAUGAGCGUCGGCGUCGACGCCCUCGUCCAGUCCGACCGGCAGAAGAACACGGUCCGCCAGAGCGCACCCGCCGGCGUGUCCGUGUCCAUCGACACCUCCGACGUCUUCGCCUCGGGCGUCGUCAACACCGUCGUCUGCGCCCUCCUCGCCGUCGUCUCCUCCUCCGCGCUCACUACCGCCCUCGUCUCCGCCCCUGCGCGCCGCGCGUCCCGCCUCUGCGCGCACGUCCUCCUCCUCCUCUCCGUCUGGCUCUUCGCCGCCCUCGUGCCCUUCACGGACUCCGUCGCGCACCGCCAGGCCAACGUCUCCGCCACGCUCGACGGCGCCGCCCUGCCCCCGAGCGUCAUCCAGGCCGUGCAGGCGCAGAGCGGCGCCACCGGCACCUACCACGCGAUUUCCUACCGUGAGUGGCCGCCGCAACCCCUUCACCGCCCCUUCACCGCUUAUACCCCGUUCUGA